CAACGCGCUACAGGCUGCUUCGUUUGGAGGACACAAAGAGAUCGUACAGACGUUGAUAGAUGCUGAGGCUGAUGUCAAUGCUCAGGGCGGCUACUUUGGCAACGCGCUACAGGCUGCUUCGUCUGGAGGACACAAAGAGAUCGUUAAGCUGCUUCUUGGGAAAGGGGCCGAGCUGAGUGUCAUUAACAAGGAUGGAGACACGCCGCUUCAUGAUGCUAUAUCUGGCGGACAUACCGAAAUGGUCAAACUGCUCAUCGAAAAUGCUGGUGACCUAAACAUAACAAACAAUCGCGGGGAUACGCCUUUGAACAGUGCUUCAAGGAGCGGAUAUGUUGAAGUUGUUAAAGUGCUCCUUGAGAAAGGUGGUGACUUAUCGGUUCCCGAUAAUAACGGAUUCACGCCACUUAAUAAUGCUUCAUAUAAUGGACACGUGGAAGUUGUAUACCUGCUUGUCAAGAAUGGCGCCGACCCAAUGAUCACAGAAAAUAACGGAUGGGCUCCCCUUAGUAUCGCUUCAAGCAGAGGCUAUAUCGCAGUGGUCAAGGCUCUAAUUUCCGCGGAAAAGUGUAAGAUCAAUGGUUGUGAUGACAAUGGGCUUACUGCUCUAGCAUGGGCUGCUAAAAGAGGUUAUGUGGAGAUUGUUGACAUGCUGGUCAAAAGAGGUGCAAACACUUCAAUUUCAGAUUUGCAAGGGGCCACAUGUAUCAAUCUGGCAGCUAAAGAAGGACACCUUGAUGUGGUCAAAAAGUUGCUUGAUCACGGUUGCGAAUGGAAUAUGCCUAAUGAUUCUGGAUCAGAUGCUCUUCAGUUGGCUAUUCUUGGAGGACAUUCUCACGUAGAGGCACAUCUACUCACAAUCGGAGCUGAAACCCCAAACGAUGUUUAUGGUUUGCCGCUUUAUUUGGAGAAUGAAUAUGGAGACAAUUUGUUGGCUAUGUCCGAUGAAUCAAAGUUACAAAGAAUUUGGAGGACGAGUCCUCAUGACUGUUGCGCCUGGAAUUAAGUCGUGCAAAGGUCUUACAAUUGUCCAUAUUGGUGGUAAAGAAAUAGAUGUUGUGGUUUUCGAAGUAGGAGACGGUCGUGAGAGGUAGCCGAUUUCUG